UUCAGUCUUGGUUGUUCGCGGAUCGGUUCAGUUCAGAUUUAGUUCAGUUCUUGGACUUAUUCCUUCUCGGAGAGUUAUCGCUUGCAGACCGGUUCGCUAUUUUGCAUAUUGGUCUUUGGUGGAGUUUUGAGAAGGAAACCAAGUCCAAGCGGAAACCUAAGAGUAUCUUCACGGAGAAAGGAUUACUUGAGUGCAUCGACUCGGUGCAUUCCGUCCCCGCAGCCUAGAUUGGAUUUACAAUAGAGUUUGGAAAAAUGGGGUCCCGGCCCCAUCUUGUAGUGUCGAGAAGGACAAACGGUAGUGCAAGUGGUAUUAAUAUGUGGCGUAUCCUGGCCUUAUGUUUGGCUGUAACAGUCAUCUCGAGUCAUGCAUCAACGAUAAAGAACACAAACGAAGACAGCGACAUCGUUUUCGAUGACGGUCAAUCCACAAACAGAGCGAAAUCGCUGCUUCUCUCCGAACCGGCGAAAGCUCUUUUCGAUGACAUCUCCGUGGAAGAAAUGCUCCAACCGGUCGCUAGCGAUGCUCUCGUGAAUUCGCCGCGAGUCGCUCUCAUGGACGAUGACUCUAGCGAAGACGCAAAUGUGGAACUAGCAGAUGAUGAUGAUGACAAUGAACCCGAUGAAAACCCGCUCGACAAUCCCGCCGAGAAUGAAGUUGCGGCCGACAAUGCAGGUAAUUGGCUAACUAAUGGCGUACGACGGUUGAAGCGCGAAGUAAGCCGAUUGCUGGGUCAUGAGGAAGCAGCAAAACCACGAAAAGUCAGGAAAACAGAACGAAAUGGCAAGAAACAUGGUAAAGGCAAGAAAGGCGGCAAGAAAGCGAAGAAAGCUGAGAAAUUGUUGAAAAAGUCUCUGAGGAGGUUGCCCAAAAAAGAUGGACGGCCCAAACGACAAUGGGAUGUCUAUCCUACAGACGAUGAGGACGAUUUUGCUGCAGGAUCAGGAAAUGGAGCGCUUGAAGAGCAAUUGUUGCGACUGAGAUUCAUCAUCGAAGAAGCCUCUGAUCCAGAGUUCAUCGUCCGUGGAAGCGGAAAGUUCAAUGAGGUAGCAAGCUCCAUUGUUCAAGGUAUCCAGGACCUUUUCGCACGGGAAAUGCCUGGUACGCAUAUCGACGUGGAAGUCAUUGAGAUCGGGCAAUUGGACAAUUUGAAACAGAAGAUCACUGCUGACAUUCGUACCAAAACUGAUGUCAAUCCCGAGGAUAUCAGGAGAAUUUUGUUGAACCAAAUCAGAGAUUACCACAACAUUGGUGACUAUACAGUACCGAGUGAAGAGUUGUUCAAGUUGGAGACGUUGGAAGAAACAGGAAUAGACGAUACAGGUGCACCAGAUGAAGGCUACCCCCCUACCGAUGAAGGACGGGAUCAAACUCCAAUCCAGACUACAAGUGAAGCUCCCUACGAUGUGGCACCUCCAGAAAUACCAGCCGAACCACAGGAACCCAAUGGUGGAGAGGAGGAAGAGCCUACAGAUACGAACAUCGAUACGGCACAAACAGAUACCGAUAUCGACCAGGAGGUUCCAAAUUACGAGCUCAAUUGUCGGGAGUAUGAGUUCGCUUGUAAAGAUGGAUCAGAGUGUAUCCCAUUGGAACGAAAAUGCGAUGAUUACACCGAUUGUGCUGACAAUUCCGAUGAGGAAAAUUGUCCCAUUGACCAAGAUCGUCCUGAAGACUAUGAUGAGCCUCCAGCAGGAGUAUCAACAUCCCUCACUUCGGAAGAUCACACUCCCGGCUAUCCACCAAUAAAGUUGCACUUCUACGAUAAAACUGAAGGUCCUCCAACAUCGGAAGCACCAUUCAACCCUUACGGAAUUGUAUUCGAUAACGAAAACUACCCUCGUGUCGCUUAUGUAGAUACAUUUAAUGAAUACUCUCAUUUGGAUGACGAUUGUCCCAUCGAUGAGGUUGCUUGUCGAAAUCCCUAUCAGUGCAUUCCAAAGAGUGCUAUUUGUGAUGGUAAGAAAGAUUGUCUUGAAGGAUCUGACGAGGAAGAUUGUCUGAUGAUUGUGAGUGAAGAUAUCCAUGAUAUCUCUGAUAUUCAUGAGAUGGAAGUUGAACAAGCAGCUACAGGUGAAAAAUCCGAAGACACUGCAACAACUGAACCACCAAGCCAACCGUCCCCGGAAAGACCCUACGAACCAGUGGAACGACCAGUUGAACGACCAGAUAGACCGAUAACUGAAUUAGACGGUCAACCACCAAUUGAAGAGCCAGUCGAACCGUCAGUUGAAACACCAGUUGAAUCACCAGAUGAAUCACCAGUUGAACAACCAGAUGAGUCACCAGUUGAACCACCAGUUGAACCACCAGUUGAACCACCAGUUGAAACACCAGUUGAACAACCAGUUGAACGACCAUUUGAACGACCAUUUGAAUCACCAGAAAGGGAACCACAUGAGGAAUCACCUACUGAACCGGAAUAUAUACCACCAGUUGCUCCAUCAGCAACUUCAAGUCCAUACGAUGACGAUGGUGAUGAUUACGAGACAACCCCUUACGAUGAAUACGAUAUUGGUGGUGGUGAACGUAAUUUAGAAGAACCUUUCGAGAAGGAAAAUGUUCCCCAUUUGGGCUCCUCGCCAAGAUGUCGUGGUGACGAUGUCGUUGUUUGUAGAGAUAGAUCCGUGGAAAUUUGUGAAGUACAACGUUGCGACGGUACCCCCGAUUGUCCGGAUGGUGAUGAUGAAGAAGACUGUCCUCGUGAAUGUGAACCUGAUGAAUUCGCGUGUGAUGCAACCAGAUGCAUACCAAAAACACAACAGUGCGAUGGAAAUCCAGAUUGUACCGAUGGAACAGAUGAGAGCAACUGCCCGGAACCAGAGCCAGAGCCACAACCAACAGCAUGUUCACCAUCAGAAUUCAGAUGUAAUGACGGACGAUGCAUACCAAGCUUAUACCGUUGUAAUGGAAAUCAAGAUUGCGUUGACGGUGAAGAUGAGGAAAGUUGUGGACCACAAUGUCGAGUAGGCCAACAACCUUGCAGAGAUGGAAUAACUUGCAUCUACCCUGAUCAACUAUGUGAUCAACGUGUGGACUGUCCAGGAGGCGAUGACGAAGAAAACUGUCGAUCAGCUGCUAGACGAGCAUGUGACGAGCAUAGUGAAUUUGCAUGUUUAACUGGUGAAUGCAUACCAAAAGAACAACAUUGUGAUGGAGUAUAUCAAUGUAAUGAUGGAUCAGAUGAAAGCAAUUGUAUAUCGCACGAAAAACCGCAUCAACCUCCCACUAUACCACGGAUAGAAAACAAUUGCACUUCUGAUGAAUUCGCAUGCAUCAAUGGAGAGUGCAUUCAUAAAUUAGCAGUUUGUGAUCAAGUAGAAGAUUGCAAAUAUGGUGAAGAUGAAAGUUCCAAAUUGUGUAAAUGUGCCGACCAUGAGUUUAAAUGUUUGCGUGGCGGUGGAUGCCUACCAAAAUCAUUGGUUUGUAAUGGAGAAAGGCAGUGUUAUGAUGCAAGUGACGAAACGGAAUGUCCACUAUCAAAUCAUACGGACGGAAAUAAUGAAUGCCCAUCUGAUGCCCCAUAUCGUUGUAAAGAUGGAAAUUGUAUUGAAAAUACAAAACGUUGUAAUGGAAUCGACGAUUGUCCGGAUAAAUCGGAUGAACUGAAUUGUCCGCCAAGUUUAAAUUAUGAUUACGAAGAUGAAACCGUAGAAGUGGAUACUAGUAAAUGUGCUCACGACGAGUUUGAAUGCGAUAAUGGGACAUGUAUAUUACAAACUUUACGUUGUGAUGGCUAUCCUGAUUGUUUAGAUGAAACCGAUGAACAUAGUUGUCCUCCUCUUGAAGAUAUCGAAUGUACUUCGGAUGAGUUCCAAUGUGAUGGCCAAACUUGUAUCUCAAUUGAUGGAAGAUGUAAUGGUGUUCAUGAUUGUAAAGAUGGAACCGACGAAUUAAAUUGCACAAGCUGUUCAAUUGAUGCAUUCCAUUGUAACAAUAAUAUUUGUGUGCCCGAGAGUGCACGUUGUAAUGGACGUUAUGAUUGUCCCGAUUAUAGUGAUGAAGAUAAUUGCGUCGGUUGUCCGCCCGAUCAAUUUCAAUGUGGUGAUGGUCUAUGCUUAGACCGUAAACGUGUUUGUGACGGUAGACCACAAUGUUCAGAUGAAUCUGAUGAAGCAAAUUGUCCACACGAGGCAUCUACUACUAAAUGCGGUCAUGAUGAAUGGCAAUGUAAAAAUGGUCAGUGCAUUAACAUAGAGUUUUUGUGUGACGGGGUCGAUGAUUGUUCGGAUGAAUCUGAUGAAAAUUCAAGCACAUGUAACAGUGAAAGUCCAAAUAUCACAUCAGACGAUUGUACUUUUGAUGAAUUCUUCUGUGAUGAUGCGUGCCAUUCACGAUCAAUCCUUUGUAAUGGAGUAGUUGAAUGUUUAGAUCGUAAGGAUGAGGAGGCUUGUAUAACUACCACUUUACCUACAUAUCUGGAAAAGCCUCAACCAUCAUAUCCAUGCCCGGAACUUACUUGUCCUGGUAGCGGAAAAUGUUAUAGUUAUGCCGAACGAUGUGAUCAAACGCGCGAUUGUGAUGAUGGUUUUGAUGAAAGUGAAUGUUGCACAGCAUCACAAUUCAAAUGUAGGGAUGGAAGCUGCGUAGAUGGAGGUGCUCAAUGCGAUGGUCGCCGUGACUGCCAAGAUGGCUCCGAUGAGGUUGAUUGUCCAUCUAGGCCGGAACCCUCUCGUUGCUCACAAAAUGAAUGGCAAUGUGGUAACGGGCAAUGUAUCAGCAUCUUCAGGCAUUGUGAUGGACGACCAGAUUGCUCUGACUAUUCAGACGAAAGAGAUUGCGCUGGUAGAAGUUGCAGUCCAUUUGAAUUUCGAUGUGAAAAUGGUCCAUGUAUACCACGAAAUCUGCAAUGUAACGGUAUUGUUGAUUGCCCUUACGAUACAAGUGACGAAUUAGAUUGUGAAGUAUUGCGUCCAACCCCUCCACCACCAGGUGUAGAUCCCCAACUCAACUUGAAAACGUACCCGAACGAGCAAAUCAUUAAAGAAAGAUAUAUUAAGGAAGGUCGUGAAGUUGUAUUCCGUUGUCGUGACGAAGGACCCAGCCGUGCACGCGUCAAAUGGUCAAGAGGAAAUGGACUUGCAUUACCACCUGGUUCAACUGAUGUUAAUGGACGCUUGGAAAUUCCAAAUAUUCAGGUUGGCGACUCUGGCGAAUAUGUUUGUGAAGCUGAAGGAUAUCCACCCUCUACUCGAGGCCAACGAGUUACUGUUCAUUUAACAGUCGAACGAUAUGUCACACCACGCCCGGCAACAGCAUGCGGCUUCCACGAAGCUACCUGUAUGAAUGGCGAAUGUAUCUCCAAGAGUCAGAUUUGUGAUGGAGUUGCUCAUUGUUCCGAUGAAUCUGAUGAACAUGCCUGCAGCCAUGGACAACGCUGUAAUCCAGAUCAAUUCCGUUGCAUGAAUUCAAAAUGUGUGGAUCGUCUUUGGCGCUGUGAUGGAGAAGAUGAUUGUGGAGAUGGUUCAGAUGAGCAGAGCUGCGAUCCAGAGCCGACAGGAUCACCAUGCAGAUAUGAUGAAUUCCAAUGUGGAAACGGCCAAUGUGUGCCGAAGUCAUUCCAUUGUGACGGACGACCGGAUUGUAGAGACACGUCCGACGAAGUUGGUUGCAUGGCACCUGAAAUUAUCUCACCACCACCGCCACUAGUCAGUAUACCAGUUGGAGGAAUCCUGAAUAUAACAUGCCGCGCUACUGGAGUACCCACUCCUCUUGUCCUGUUCCGACUCAACUGGGGUCAUAUUCCAGACAACUGUGUCACCUCCAAUAGCGGCGGUGUAGGCCAUCUGGAAUGCACAAAUAUGCAACUCAAUCAUGCUGGUGCAUACUCCUGUGAGGUGAUCAAUGUUAAGGGACGUAUUUUCGUCACCCCAGACACAAUUGUCACCAUUAUCCCGGAUGAAGAUAUUUGCCCCGCGGGAAUGUUCAACUCACAAGCAAGCCGCGAAGAAGAGUGUAUCAAUUGCUUCUGCUUCGGAGUGGCCAGCCAGUGUAAGAGUGCCGAUUUAUUCACUUAUGCGCUUCCGCCACCGAUCCAAUCACAUAACGUCGUUGGGCUCGACACCCAAUCUGGACGCUCAGGAGAAUAUCGCGUUGGCGAAUACUCUGGACAUGAUCUCCUCAAAACACGACAUGGCGUCCAAUUCAGGGCAUCCGAUAUUCCCUACACAAGAGAGAUUCCGUACCUAUCGCUUCCAGCUGAUUACCAAGGAAAUCAGCUCAAAUCAUAUGGUGGCUACUUGAAGUAUGACCUUCAAUACAUCGGAUCAGGCGCUCCGAAUAAUGCUCCGGAUAUAGUCCUUAUUGGCAAUGGUUACACGCUUGUCCAUCGUGCAGGAUACGGAAUACGGCCCAACUCACCCAACAGAAUUUCAGUUCAAUUCACCGCAGGCUCAUGGUAUCAGGCAAACGGACAACCAGCAUCGAGGGAGCAUCUCAUGAUGGCUCUGGCCGAUGUUCAAUAUAUCCUUAUUAAGCUUCAGUACAUUGACUCUGCCGAACGUGAGGUUGAGGUCACGAGCAUCAGCAUGGAUUCAGCAGCGGUAGAUGAUAGAGGAUUAGGAUCUGCUUCACUCGUCGAACAAUGUAUCUGUCCAACAGGAUAUAUGGGAUAUUCUUGUGAAAAGUGUGCACCAGGCUAUGUACGAAGAAGGCAAGGAUCUUGGCUAGGAGUUUGUGUUCCCGAAGAACCUGAAACCUGUCCCGAUGGAACAUUCGGAAACCCAAGCCGAGGUAUUCCAUGCCGACCAUGCCCAUGCCCCUACACCAGCGGUGGAAACUACUUUGCCCGAGGAUGCUCUUUGGGAGCUGAUAACGAACCAAUUUGCCAUUGCCUUAAGGGAUAUGUUGGACGUCGUUGUGAACAAUGCGAUGCAGGUUACGAAGGAAACCCACUUCAACCUGGCGGUCAAUGUGUCCCAGUUCGCCCGACCUAUUGUGAUCAACGUGGUACUCAACGAGUUGCUGCCGAUGGAUCUUGCGAGUGUAAACUAAAGACCGUAGGACAGUACUGUGACCAGUGUGCCGCUAGCUCAUUCCAUCUGAAUAACAAAACUGCAUUUGGUUGCAUCGAUUGCUUCUGCAUGGGUGUGACGAAGGAAUGCACAAGCAGUUCUUUGUACCGUGAUAGUAUUCACUCCCGAUUAUAUGGUGGCACUGGACAUGGAUUCAGUUUGAUCACAAACUUUGAAGACCCCCAACCACUGGAAUCUGAAUACAAUAUCGCGCAAACUGGCAGGGAACUCAGCUUCCGAGGCAGAUACGAGGAUCAAGAGGUUCAAUUCUGGAGUCUUCCUAACGAGUUCUUGGGAAAUCAAUUGGGAUCGUAUGGUGGAUAUUUGCGUUACACAGUUCGAUACAAUCCACAUGAAAGUGGUGCCAUGUCGAAAAACAAUGCCCCAGACGUAGUCAUCAAGAGCUCAAAUGAUAUCGUGUUCGUGCACUACCGCAAGGAUGGAGUACCACCAGCUGGACCACAAUCCUACAGUGUACCAAUUUGGGAAGAUGAAUGGCAACGUUUGGAUGGAAAUACUGUCAACAGGGAGCACUUACUGAUGGCUUUGGCUGAUGUUUCGGCCAUUUUCAUCAAGGGAACCUACACCACAUUCACCGAAGAAGCAGCUAUCAGUGACGUCUCUUUGGAUACUUCAGUACCCCGAAACACUGGCAACGCACGCGCUUUCGAAGUUGAAGAAUGUAGAUGUCCUCCAGGACAUACAGGCCUUUCUUGCGAAGAUUGCGCACCUGGAUAUAAACGAUCAGAGGAGGGACUAUAUUUGGGCUUCUGUGAGCCAUGCGAAUGCAAUGGACACUCAGAAGAAUGUGACGCAGAUUCCGGACAUUGCUUGAAUUGCCGGGAUAAUACUGCUGGAAAUAGUUGUGAGCUUUGUGCCCCAGGCUUCCAAGGUGACGCCCUCAGUGGACCACGAGGUUGCCAACCUGAGAACCUCAUUCGAUGCGAGAACUGUGACCCACGCGGAACGAUCUCAUGUAAUGAUGGACGUUGUCAAUGCAAGGAUAAUGUUGAGGGAGCAAGGUGUAAUGAAUGUCGUGAAGGUACCUUCGGUUUGAGCGGCUCCAACCGGAAGGGAUGUUCAGAAUGUUUCUGCUCCGGAGUUUCAAGAACAUGCUAUUCAUCUAACUUGUUCAGGGAGCAAAUGGGUGUAUUCUUUGUAACUGAUAAACUAGCACUGACCGAUCAUGAAGGACAAAUUCGUAUUGCUGAUGAUAUUUCAGUGGAUCUUGAACAAAAUGAAUUGUCUCAUCAAUUCAAUGAUGACCGAAUGUAUUUCUGGCGAUUGCCUGAUAAACUUUUGGGUAACCAAUUGAAAUCCUAUGGGGGUAAGUUGCAGUUCGUUGUUGAAUCUGAAGGAUAUGGAGAAUACGUUCCGGGCCAAGAUGUAAUUCUGCGUGGAAACGGAAGGACCUUGGUAUGGUCUAGACCAAGAGGAUCUGAAGGAGGUUUGGUCACAGUUACCCUACAGGAAACUGACAACUGGCAACGUGUUGAAAGGAUCGGUAUCCAACCAGCUACUCGUCAAGAUCUCCUUAGUGUUCUGGCCAACCUGGAACAGAUUUUGAUUCGAGCCACGCUUAAGUCGCCCACCACAUCUUCACGAAUUCGUGAUAUCAUCCUUGAUACAGCUCUUUCAGAAGGAACUGAACCAGCAAGUGAGGUUGAAGUUUGUAGAUGUCCAGCAGGUUAUACCGGCAUAAGUUGUGAGACUUGCGACCGACUACACUAUCGCAAUACAUCUGAUGCAUAUACCGCAUUUGGCUCAUGCAUUAGUUGUCCUUGUAACCCUGAUGGCACAGAGUCAUGCAGUUUACAACCAAAAGGACAUGUUCAGUGUAAUUGCAAGAGUCAAUAUUCUGGUGAACAAUGCCGAUAUCAAGGCGAAAUAUCUACCACAACUUCCCGACCACCAGUACCAGUACCAACAAUCACGGUAACGAUUACAUCUCCAGCAAUUCAAAUUGUUGAAAUUGGCCGUUCCGUUACUCUGGAUUGCUCAGGACAAAUAAUUGCCACAGGAGUACCAUUGUCUGUAACCUGGACCAAAGUUGAUGGUGAACUACCACGUCAAUCCUAUGAAGACCGUGGUCGUCUAUACAUGCAAAAUCUCCAGGAACACGACUCUGGUGUUUACGUUUGUCAGGCUCGACGAGGACCAGAAGUUGCUGAGAAACACGUCACUGUUACAGUCGGACCCCCCAAACUCACAAUUCCAACAGUAACAAUUCAGCCAACCUACCAAACAUUCGUUGAGUAUUCUCCAGCUGAUUUGUAUUGUACUGUUACCGGAAAUCCACCCCCAGCCAUCACAUGGACUAAGGUUGGUGGAUACCUAUCACCAUAUGCACGUCCCGAAGGACCCUACCUACGAUUUGAUUCAAUCCAAAAAUCCGACGAAGGAUCUUACCAAUGUCAAGCACGAAAUUCAGUUGGUACAAAUGAAGUCCUGGUGCAAGUCUACGUAAUGGGAGAAACAACACAACCACCCCCGCCACAACCUCCACAACCAUCGACCGUUUUGAUUGAGCCACCAUCAUUCUACGGACGAACUGGCGAUGAGGUCCGUCUAAUCUGCAACAUUCGAACAAAUGAAGAUGCAAUUUACACAUGGGAGAAGGAUAACACCCCCAUCUAUAGCGGACACAUUGUUAUCAGGGAUAAUACUCUUGUCAUUGCUGGAGCAACAGCUCGUGAUACUGGAUCGUAUGUUUGCACAGCUACCGUACCAACCACUGGACUAUCAUCAAGCGCUCGAGCUGAUGUCUUGAUAGAGGAAGGAAUCUCGGGCACACCACCUAAAAUCAAAACUCUCCUUGAAGACAAUACUUUGAUUCAAGGACAAGAUUUCGCUAUCACUUGUGAAGCAACCGGUACACCAUAUCCCACGAUUAAAUGGACUAAAUUGCAUGACACUCUCGACUCAAAUAUACAACAAACUGGAAAUAUCCUUCGAUUCAUGAAUGCUCAACCAGCCAAUCGUGGUGUCUAUAUUUGCAUCGCUGAAAGUCCCUCUGGAACGGAUCAAGCAAGCACUAGAGUAGAAGUUGAACCACGUGAACGGCCUGUACUUGAAAUCCAUCCACGCGAACCACAAAAAGUACGCAUUGGAGAAUCAGCUAUGCUCAGUUGUCGUGCCAUCGCUGGCAUUCCCGAACCAAAAUUAUCCUGGAAACGACUUGAUGGCAAACCACUCUCAUCGCGCAUUAAGGAACUAUACCCUGGAACAAUGGUUCUCGAAGAUAUUACCAACGAUGAAGCUGGAGAAUAUCAAUGUAGUGCUGAUAAUGUUGCUGGACAUGUCAGUCUCACUGCCGUGAUUAUCGUACAAAGUCCACCGCAGAUUACUCUUGAUCCACCAGAAGGAGAAUUGUCCUUAACAGAGGGCGAUGAACUCAAGCUUACUUGCACAGCAACUGGUAAUCCAUCGCCCCAUGUAGUUUGGGAUCCACAAAUCGAACAAUAUCCUAGAGUGCUAGAUUCACAACCGACAUAUUCAAUUAGUGGGGAGGCCACAAUACAGUCAUACCAGGUUAAAAUGAGUGACGCCAAAGUUUAUACAUGUACCGCUACAAAUGAAGCUGGAACAGAUCGGAAAUACAUUAGCGUCAUCGUCAACAGACGACGCGGCGAUACAGGAAUCCACGAUAUUGAUACACCAUCAACAGAGUCUCCAUAUCGACCACCUUAUGUCCCACGACCUCCACCUAGACCCAACCAACCCCCAACUUCACUUCAGCCUUACAAGGUAGGAGUAGGAGAUCGCGCCACUCUUCUUUGUAACAUCGAAGGAAGCAAUGCUCGUACCACUUGGAAUCGGGUUGAUGGACGACCCUUGCCUCGCAAUUACCUUACCACAGAAAAUAGUUUAAUCAUCGAAGAUGUCAACUUUGACGCUGCCGGCCUUUAUCAGUGUUCCGUUAUCGAUAAUUAUGGUCAAUACCCACUUGUCACUGCCGAAUUAAUUGUUAUCGACAUUCCUCGUAUUACAUUCUCACCCCCAAUGCCAAUGAUCGUCCGUACCGGAGAGAAUGUACAGAUCUUCUGUAAUGCAACCGGAGAACAUCCUAUCCGUGUCGAAUGGCAUGCAGAGAAUCACCGACCACUGCCAUCAUCCGUUAUUGUGGAUGGAUACUACUUAAGAUUCAACUAUAUUACACCAAUCGACGCUGGAAGAUACUAUUGCUCUGCUUCCAAUGUUCAUGGUAAUGCCACCAAAGUUGCCGAAGUACUUGUGAACCGUGGAACCAUCGUCGACCGACCAGCAACAUCCAAUUAUCAUGAAGUCUACCUAGGGGACAGUGUUGCAUUGAAAUGCGCAGUGCCAUUGGAACUCUACGAGCCGGGAAUAAGCUUCAAUUGGCUCUUCAGAAACGGUCAACUAUCUCCAGAAUACGACCCAUCAAAUGAAACAUUAAUCUUACGAAACAUCUCGCAAUCUCAAACUGGAGAUUACACUUGCCAGAUAAUCUCUCGAGAUGGAGCUCUUAUCUCUGCCAAUCAGGUUACAGUCGCCGUUAAGAUAAGAGGAGCUCACGCCUAUAAUGAGGUUUAUUGCAUGGUUUUCUAUAUAUGUCCAGUGCAACCAAGAUUAUGUCGAUCGAAUGAUUUCAAGUGUGUAUCACAUACGCACACAUGCAUCCUGCGCGACAGGGUAUGCGAUGGUAUUUAUGAUUGUGUCGAUCAUUCCGAUGAAUUAAAUUGCCCGACAUUGAAGAGAUGGAAAAAGGAUCGACCGUAUAAUGUACAAAAGAAGAGAAAUCAUAUCGCAACCUCAAAUGCAGCUCCGGAACCGCCGUCAUUGCAACUGAAUCCACCACGUGCCUACCUUCGUGCUGGAGAAUCCACUGUUGUUGAAUGUAGCCCGCUGCCAAAUUACUACAACUCCCUUAUUUGGGAAAGAGCCGAUGGGCAGGCUUUGCCACCGCACAUCAAGCAAGAGGGCAACAAAUUGUACAUAGACAACGCUCAACUAGGAGAUACCGGAGAAUAUAUCUGUCGCUGCAGGACUCCAUCGAAUGGAGAAAUCAACGCCACUUACGAACUGAACAUUGAACCUGAAGAACAAGAAAGCUAUAAACGUCCCACUAGACAAUCUAAAGUACAACAUGCUGAAGUUGGCUCAACAGUAGUUCUAAAAUGUGAUGCUAACGCAUACCCAGCUACAUUUAAAUGGACACGACAACAUGGCAAGUUCAACCCAGGACAGGAUACCUCUGGUCCCACCCUCAACCUAUCCAACGUUCAAGCCAAGGAUGCAGGAGCCUACAUUUGCACCAUUUCAAAUGGAGCACAAUCAUCUGAUGCCAAGACCACUCUCGUCGUAACCGGUGCCAUUCCAUACUUCCCACAAGCACCAAAAAGCUACAUGUCCUUCCCAACCCUACAGAACGCCUACAUGAAAUUCAAUUUCGAAAUAACCUUCCGCCCAGAACGUGAAAACGGAUUGAUCCUGUACAAUGGACAAAAGAAAGGAAGCGGAGACUACAUCGCACUUUCCCUCAAUGACCGAUAUCCUGAAUUCCGUUUCGACUUUGGUCAAAAACCAACUAUUAUUCGCUCCGAAGAACCUAUCGAACUUGGCGAAUGGCACACUAUUAAGGUUAACCGUGUCCGCAAGGAUGGAUUCAUGAUGGUUGAUGAUCAACGUCCUGUUGCCUUCCCACCGGUCGCACAAUCAGUAGGUCUUGAUUUGAUUGGAAGCCUAUACUUGGGUGGUGUUCCAGCUUGGGAAGAGAUCCCGCCAACGUCAGUGGCUACCCAAGAAGGAUUUGUUGGUUGCAUAAGUCGCUUGGUACUGAAGGAUAAGACAGUUGAACUGAAUCAGGAAGCUUUGUUAAAGGAAGGUAUCACUUCAUGCGAACCUUGUGCUGAUGAUCCAUGCCAGAAUGACGGUGUAUGUCUGGAGAGCCAAACUGAAAUGGGAUAUUCAUGCAUCUGCCAGGAUGGAUUCACAGGCAAAAAUUGCGCACUAGAAGGAUCAUCAUGUGCUCCAGGUAUUUGUGGAAUUGGACGUUGUGAAAACACCGACUUCGGAAUGGAAUGCUACUGUCCACUGAACAGGACAGGUGACAGAUGCCAGUAUAUUGAACAUUUGGAUGAGGGAAGCUUGUCAUUCAAGGAUGGAAGUUACGCUGCCUAUAAGACACCCAAAGCCUUCAAAUUAGACAUUAAAUUCAAUAUUCGUCCUGACAACGAUGCAGAUGCCGUCAUCCUCUACGUUGCUGAGUCUGAAAAUGCCAAUGGAGACUUUGUCGCCCUUGUAAUCAAGGAUAAACAUUUGGAGUUGAGGCUAUACAUCAGUGCACAUCUGAAACCACUGAUCAUCCGCUCGAAAUCACCUGUCGUUCCACACAAAUGGACUCAAAUUCACAUCACUCGUAAAAUGGGAGUCGUCCACCUCAAGGUCGGAAACGAACCAGCCCAAAGUGGCCGCACUGAAGGACCUGCUCGCAGUGUCUAUCUUAAAACGCAUUUGUACAUUGGAGGCUACGACAGACGCAUCAAUUUGAACAAACACGUGGGCGUGACGAAAGGCUUCGAAGGAUGUAUUUCAAAACUUGAAGAGGGUACAGAUUCAAUAGACCUAAUUGCCAACAUUUUGGAUGCUGCAAACGUCCAGAACUGCGGAGAUAGUAACGAAAUUACGAAUCAGCUCCCACCUUCUAACGAGAACAGUAUAGAUUCCCAUACCGAUGCCUGCGCCCGUGAACCAUGCGAGAGCGGAGGGACCUGUGUCCUGACCGGUGACGACUUCAAGUGUCUAUGCCCACUAGGAUUUGCAGGAAAAUUCUGCGAUAAAUAUAUCCGUAUUGAAAACUCAGCCCAGUUCCACGGAGAUGGCUAUAUUGAAAUCGAUCGUAUAGCGUUUAGCAAUGCAACAGAACAACCUGAAAGUUUCGUGGCAAUCCUCUUCUCUACAAACGAACCAAACGGUCUUCUCCUCUGGUGGGGCCAAGAGAAGGGAGUCGACUAUGAUGGUCAAGACUUCCUGGCAUUGGCCAUUGUUGACGGUUUCUUAGAAUAUAAUUAUCGACUGGACGGCGAAGAAGCCACAACCAGAAAUAACGACUUCCGAGUUGAUGAUGGACAACGGCACGUUGCCAUAAUUAGACGUAAAGGCAAUCAGGCCGAAUUGGAACUGGAUCAUCUGGUGUACUAUGGUGAGACCCGACCAACGCCACGAACAAAGACCCAUUUGUCUGGAAAUCUUUUCAUUGGUGGCGCACCCGACCUGGGUAAAUUCACUGGUAAUCGCUUCAUACACGGAUUUGUUGGAUGUAUUCGUGUUAUUGAGAACGAAACUGAUGGUCCUAUCAAUUUGGCACUGCGUGCUAUUAGUUCAGUGAAUGCUGAUGAAUGUCCUGACGAUUCCGAUUUGGAUUUGGGCACAGAACCGCCAGUAGUUUAAGUAAAAGUCUAAAAAAAGGAAGAAACGAAUAUUCACUCUAAGCGAGCAUAAAUAAUGCAACUAAAUAGUCAUAACGAAGUAGACUUCCUCGAAAGUCAACUCAUUUUUAUAUAUGAUAAAAGAAAGAGGAAAGCAUUUUUUUGUUAAGCAUCAAAUCAAUAACAGACUAGGAUAUACGAAUAUUAAACUAAAAAUCAUGUAUAAAAUACAUUUUUUUUUAAAUAAUAAUUGCAAAGCAUCAAAAAUGUGUUCCCUACCUUGUUCAUUUUUGUUUAUAUUUUUCUAUUCAAAAGUUAGAAAGAAUAUUUUUUUUAAUGAAUUCAAAUAAUAUUUUGGGUGUAUAAAAUAUCUAAAUUCAAACCCUAACAAAACAAAUAGUCAGAAAAUUCAUAACAAAUAGUCAUGAAACCAGACUCCAAUAUUUACUUUGUUGUUCAUCUCAAUAAAUGUCUCCUAACGAUAUAAAAGCCAUACUACGCAAAUAAAUAAUUACAAAAAAAAAACAGUCAGUAUAAGCCAGAAAUAAAAAAAAAAUCAAGCAGCUAUAACACUAAUCUUAAAAACACAUAAGCCCUAAUUAAACCAGUGAAAAGAAACUGUAUAUGUAAUUUACUAUUAACCAAGAACAAAACUAACUCAAUAAAUAAGGCCAUAAGUGAAGAAAACAACGUAUUGAUUAUGAAAUUAUUUAAAAUUUUAAGCAAGUGUCUACGUGAUAUAAUUGUAUGAUGCAAAUUCAAAUCGAAUAUUAUUAGCUUAAAACAAAAAUAAUAAUAAAACAGCAAAACUAUCAUACACACGCACACAUAUACACUUGAUACUAGAAAAUUAUUAAAUACCAUCAAAUUCAAACAACAAAAACAAUAAAAAUAUUUUUCAAAAACAACCCAAAAACUCAACUAUUACUAAUAUUAAAUCCGAAAUAAAAUACAGAAUAUAUGAGAAAAGAACAACAAACAGAAAAGAAAAAUAUGUAACCAUAACAACAACAACAACAAAAUUCAACAAGUGCCAAAAUGUUAUUAACUAUUAACUCACUCAAUAUUAUAAAUAAAUGAUUUUUUUAAGAAA